AUAUCUUACUAUUUAAGUAAGUGCAUGAGAAUGUGUUAGUUUGUUAUUUUAUGUCGACAAUAAUGAUCAGGAAAUAACUCGUGUUCCAGAACGAAAUGAGUUAUGUUAUCUCCCUCACGUGCAUUUUAAUUGUGGGUAUCACUUUAAGUGAGGCAGCGACAGUACAGAAAGACAGCGAGUGCGGCAAGACGGUUGGAUGUUUUCACGAUUGUUCGGGCGUCACGUGUAGUUUUCUUCUCACGUGGAUAGAAAAGGGAAGUGACAUAGAGCUGACGCUAACAUGCGCGAGAAGCGAAACAGAUCCUUACUGUGCCAUAGGUCUUUCAGAUGACACGGAAAUGGGCGAUGACAGUGUGUUUGAAUGUCUCUCCACUAGUGGAACGUCUAAUAUCUACGUCUCUUACAAUUCGGACGACAAAAAUAACAAACGACUAGAUCAGAACCAGUACGGAUUGUCUGCUAUCAAUACAUCAUAUAGUAAUGGGCAGUUGAAAUGUUCGUUUUUGAGACGUAAAACCUUCAAUACGGUAACAGGCCGCAAGAAACGUGAUGCUCCCAGUGCGAGUAACUUCUUCGACAUGGACACAGACUGGUAUUUACUGUAUGCUUCAUGGAACAAACACUGGAGGAGCUAUCGGCUAUCACACGUCACCACCGCUUGUAUCCACGGCAAAAGCAGAUUUUCAAAGCAUAGUCGACAUCAGCGCUACCGCUAUAAAACGACCACUUGUUAAAGCCCAUGGUAACAUAUAAAUCAAUAUAGAAUAAGAAAUUUAUAUAAAUAAAAUAUCUACAAUAAAUAUUCUUUAAUUGGCGUCCGCGCCGAAGCGCGACGCCCUUUAUGGAAUGAAAUCAGAUUUUGUUAAAGGGCAAUUGCAACUUCUCGGGCCUUUUCGUCUGUCAUAAUAGACGAUCAUUCCGAUUUUUAUGAGGGUGUUUGAUUAUCAAAAACGAAAUUUCGCGAUAUGUACAAUGAAUAGCGAACUAGAGAAGUUCGCAAUGCAAACAUAUUCAAAUGAUUUAUCUUAUCGGUCAAUUAAUCGCGCUCGUCGUUGUUUGUUUUAUUAAUCUUGUGGGUUAUUAUGUAUGUUACUGCUGUACCUAUAAAUAGAAUGAUGACCUUAACAUUGUGAAAGUCCGAAAAUCUAUUUAUAGAAGAAGUUUUAGUUUAACGAAACGGUCAUUCGUGUCGCGUUAUGGUAAUAAAUAACGAACUGGAGAAUUUUGCAGGAAAUGAAAUGCAAACAUAUUCAAACAAUUAAUUGCACUCUUUAUAAAUCUACAGAAAAAAUUAAGUAGGCCAUUUUUACGAAUUGUUAUAUCAUAGAAAUAUCAUUUUGAAAUUGUCUCUUCCGUAGGUCUCUCCGGUUUUUUUUUACGGCCCUGAUUGCACUUAUGACAUUUUUACCGUGAAUAUUUAAAUAGACCUAGUUCAUAACUUUAAAUGUCGUUUUAUUUUGAGGUAUUGCGACAGUUAACAUGUGUAGCAGAAGUAUACUAUAGUUCAAGUCUCUUUAGCUAACACUGUUUGAAGCAAUCGAUUUUAUGGUAGUUUGAGUGGAAUGUUCACUUGCCAA